GAGCCGGGCGGCGGGCGGCGGGCGGCGGAGCUAGCUGCAGCCGGGAGUGUGCGGCACGCGCCGGCCGGCUGCCCGGAGCACGGUCACCCGGCAUCGCUGCACCUCGCCCCUCGCCCAGCCGAGCCACGCGCGCAUCAGCUGGUCUUUCUCAUUUGCUUCUUUCGAUUUUUUUGUUUUGAAAUUUUGCAUGAAUCCUUCCGUUCCGUUUUGUCCUUUUUAAGGCGGGGGCGGUGGCAGCGUAAGCUCGGGGCGGGGAGGGGGCGGCCGGAGGAUGCGGUGCGGGGCUGCACUCGCUACGCCCGCUGCUGCUGCUGCUGCUGCCCGGCUCGGGCCUGAGCACCGAGCAGGAUCCCAAGUGAUGGUGGUUUACACGGAGGAGGAGCUGAGCCCUGCGAGACUGGUUAGCACGGCGGAGCUGGGAGCGGUGCCUGCUGGCUGGCGGGAGUGAACGCAAGAUCUCAGCAUCUCAACUUGAGAGGAAGCAUGUCUAAGAAAGGCCGGAGCAAGGGCGAGAAGCCCGAGAUGGAGAUGGACCCGGUGCAGAUGGCAAACGAGGAGCUGCGGGCCAAACUGACCAGCAUUCAGAUCGAGUUCCAGCAGGAAAAGAGCAAGGUGGGUAAGCUGCGCGAGCGGCUGCAGGAGGCCAAGCUGGAGCGUGAGCAGGAGCAGCGACGGCACACGGCUUACAUCUCGGAGCUCAGGGCCAAGCUGCACGAGGAGAAGACCAAGGAGCUGCAGGCACUGCGCGAGGUGCUCAUCCGCCAGCAUGAGCAGGAGGCGGCGCGCACGGCCAAGAUCAAGGAGGGCGAGCUGCAGCGGCUGCAGGCCACGCUGAACGUGCUGCGCGACGGCGCAGCUGACAAGGUCAAGACGGCGCUGCUGGCCGAUGCGCGCGAAGAGGCGCGCAGGGCCUUCGACGGCGAGCGCCUGCGGCUGCAGCAAGAGAUCCUGGAGCUCAAGGCGGCGCGCAAGCAGGCGGAGGAGGCGCUGAGCAACUGCAUGCAGGCCGACAAGACCAAGGCGGCCGACCUGCGCGCCGCCUACCAGGCGCACCAGGACGAGGUGCACCGCAUCAAGCGCGAGUGCGAGCGCGACAUCCGCCGGCUGAUGGAUGAGAUCAAGGGGAAAGAUCGUGUGAUUCUGGCCUUGGAGAAGGAGCUCGGCGUGCAGACUGGGCAGACCCAGAAGCUGCUGCUUCAGAAAGAGGCUUUGGAUGAGCAGCUGGUUCAGGUCAGAGAGGCUGAGCGGUACCACGGUAGUCCAAAGAGAGAGCUCCCGCCCGGCAUAGGGGACAUGGCCGAGCUCAUGGGCGUCCAGGAUCAACAUAUGGAUGAGCGAGACGUGCGGCGAUUUCAGCUAAAAAUUGCUGAACUGAAUUCGGUGAUACGGAAGCUGGAAGACAGAAAUACCCUCUUGGCAGACGAGAGGAAUGAACUGCUGAAACGCUCCCGCGAGACGGAGGUCCAGCUGAAGCCCCUGGUGGAGAAGAACAAGCGGAUGAACAAGAAGAAUGAGGACUUGCUGCAGAGCAUCCAGAGGAUGGAAGAGAAGAUCAAGAACCUCACGCGGGAAAACGUGGAGAUGAAAGAGAAACUGUCGGCCCAGGCGUCCCUGAAGAGGCACACUUCCUUGAACGACCUCAGUCUGACACGGGACGAGCAGGAGAUUGAGUUCCUGAGGCUGCAGGUGCUGGAGCAGCAACACGUCAUUGACGAUCUCUCACUGGAGAGAGAACGGCUCUUGCGGUCCAGAAGACAUCGCGGGAAGGGCCUGAAGCCACCCAAGAAGCAUGUUGUGGAGACAUUUUUUGGAUUUGACGAGGAGUCUGUGGACUCGGAAACGCUGUCAGAGACGUCCUGCAACACGGACAGGACGGACAGGGCUCCGGCCACACCCGAGGAGGACUUGGACGAUACAACAACCCGAGAAGAGGCUGACCUGAGGUUCUGCCAGCUGACCAGGGAGUACCAGGCUCUGCAACGAGCCUACGCCCUGCUUCAGGAGCAGGUGGGCGGGACACUGGACGCCGAGCGAGAGGCCCGGACUCGGGAACAGCUCCAAGCUGAUCUGCUGAGAUGUCAGGCGAAAAUCGAGGAUCUGGAGAAGUUACUGGUUGAGAAGGGCCAGGAUUCCAAAUGGGUUGAAGAGAAGCAGCUACUCAUCAGAACAAACCAAGACUUGCUGGAAAAGAUUUACAGGCUGGAAAUGGAAGAGAACCAGCUGAAGAAUGAAAUGCAAGACGCAAAGGAUCAGAACGAGCUGUUAGAAUUCAGAGUGCUAGAACUCGAAGUAAGAGACUCUAUCUGUUGUAAACUCUCAAACGGAGCAGACAUUCUCUUUGAGCCCAAACUGAAAUUCAUGUAAAGUCCCAGAUGUUUUUCAAGCAUGUGUAAGGGGAUGUGUGACACUUGUUUUCUUUUCUUUCUUUCUUUUUCUUUUUCUUUUUUUUUUUAAAUCUGUACAUUGAGAAUAAUUUCACUGCCUUAAUAUGUUCUGAAGAGAAUGCUCACCGAAGUCCUUGGACAUGUACCAGAGCUAAUCUAUUUAUUGCCUACGGCUUGUUUUUGCACUUAAUAAAAUAAUUUGUUUUUGCAAUA